AUGUCUUCUGAAAACAAUUCAGUGUCAGGAGACUUGGCUGCUCCCUCUCCCACAAGGUCUGAAUUUUCCACACAGAACUUCCCUUCAGCAAAAGAAGAUACCAAGGUAGAGUUCGAUAGGGAGAAUUUGAGGGAUACAUCUACACCUGGUGAAACCAAAAAGUCUCUGAAAGGGAAACAUUACCCAGGAAAGGAAGAGGAUCUGGAGAAGAGAGAGCAUUCAAGGCAGGAAGACUCUCUGGAGGAGGAAGUCGCUCUGGAGGAGUAUGAGUCUACCGAGGAGGAAGAGUAUCUGGAGGAGGAUGAGUAUCUAGAGGAGGACAAGUUUAUAAACAUAACAGACUACAUGUUUAAAGGAGAGAAUCUGAGAAAAGCACAUCCAUUUGAAAAGCAUCUGGGACAGGAUGAAGGCCCUCCGACUGUCCCUGAGCAGGUGCCUGAAAGACCUGCCUGUACCCACUACAGACAUGGAAGGGAAUACCCCAUCCCACAGUCCCCACCACUAGGACAAGCAGCCUCCUCCUCUCACCCCAAGCCCUCACCCACUCCUCUGUCCCUGCAUCAAGAAAUCUGCCCCAGAUCAGGUGAGGUCCCACCUGACUCCCCCUAUGUGAACAAUAGCAGGAGCCCAAUGGCCAGCACCUCUCAGGCUACCUUUUAUCAUGGUGUCCCACGUUCUGCCACUGUCUCUGCCGACUCGGAACAAGCCGAGGUUUCCAUAAGACACCAGGCCAGUCAGACGAAAUGGGCCUACGAAAGCAGGUUGGUUUUUAUGAAGCCUGAAAUAAAACCAGAUGAAGACACCUCCAUGAGCUCUUAUUCAGAAGUGAAUGUUGUCUCUGGAUUGCAGCCAGCGGAUAUAGCUUACAUCGCCACUGUCACAUUAAAUACCCUAGUGGCGGAGAUGUGUGUGCCACGUGUGGCCGCUGGGGUAUUGUCAGAUGUGGCAAGUGGACAGAAUCCAGUGCAGACCGAGGCUGCCGUGGGAGCCUUGGAUGAAUGGGCCAGCAUCAUGGAUGAGGCUGUGGACAAGGAACUUAAGGUCUACAGUGAUAAUUUUUUUAGAAGAUCCUAUCAGGCAGUAUUUAAGAGAAUAGUCAGAGAAAUGUAUGCUGCCAAUGAACUGGACGACGACCUUAACAUCCCCCUGACUCUGAUGAUGGAAACUGUAAACAGAAGGAAGCUGGGGAUGCUGUUGAAGGCAAAUUUUGAAGCAUUGGAAGACCCAAUCGUAUGGCUUAUGAAGAGACAUGAAGAUCUAAAGUCGUCUGAGACUCUCACAUUUCAUCUCCCGAGUAUGAUGGAGCCUGAGCCAGAAGGCAAGAAGCGGGUUGGUGGUAAGAAGAAAGUGGAACUAGAUUCAGAAUGGAUACAGGAGAUGAAGGUGCAUAAAGGAGAUGGAAAAUUAAUUCUCUACCCCAAUGAGAACAUCUUCCAAGUUCUCUUUCCUGAUGGGACAGGACAGAUACACUAUCCAUCAGGAAGGCUCGCUCUGCUCAUCUCCUGCACAGAUGGUGAAGAGUUCACAUACAUCAUUCUGGAAGACAGUCUAGAGGCUAGCAUCCGGGCCCUCGUCAAUAACUCUGGCCAUGCCACCUUCAAUGAUGAAAAUGGAUUUAUCUGGUCAAGCCUGAGCAGCAGCCUGGGCUACUACUUCCCCAAGGGCAAAAACCAGAAGGCCUGGAACUGGUGGAAUCUGCAGGUCCACGUCCACGUGCCCCCUUUCCAGCCCAUCUCCUUGAAAAUCAACAGCUACAUCCAGGUGCACAUAAGAAACCAGGACAAGAUCAUCUUCAACUUCCUCCACCAACAGAAGCGGUUUCGUUUAAACCUGGGCACCAAGUUCAAGUUCAUAAACUCAGAGGUGCUGCAAGACCUGAAGGAGAAAACAAUCCUGGAGGUAGACCCUGGCACAACAGCUCGGAAGGUCCAGAUCCUUCUGGGAAAAAUGAUUAGGAUCCUGAACUUKCUGACCAUGUCUGAUUUGAAAAACUUCACAGAGGCCUCCAAGAUGUGUCUCAUGGCUUUAGGAACCAAGAAGAGAUCUCGAUUCUGUUUGUAG